CCCCUGGGAGGUGUGGUGGAGGAGCUGGUGUAGGCCGUGUCCAUGGUCAAGGUGAGUUGGUCAGUGUCAGUCACUGGUUGUCCCAGGGAGGGGGAGGAAGUGGAGCAAGAAGGGAAGCACACCUCCGAGGGGCUGAGAGCACCCUCUGGGGUGUCUGCUGUGAGGAGAGGAUAUGGACUUGGAUGGUAUCUCACCCAAGUCCACAUGAAGUCCUCAUCCACGGGACCUCAGAAUGUGACCUUAUUUGGAAGCAGGGUGGUGGACCAUGUAAUCAGUGAGGUCAUGCUGGAGUGGGGUGGCCCUAAUCCCAAAGAACUGGUGGACACAGAUGGGAUGCAUGGUGCCGGUGGGAGUGAGGCUGCUAUUAGGGAGAGGCCCUUGAACAUGCCCCAGGGCCACUGGAGGGCCAUUGGAGCUGUGCAUUUUGUGGGGCUUGUUUAGGACAGCCACAGGAUACUGACUCAUGGCUUGGCCAAUGCUCUGACUCCAUCUAGUAGACCUGAAUGAAGAUUUAAAAAAAAAAAAAAAAGAACCCACUUUGGUGCUGAUGUGGAGGGUGGGUCCCCAGGAAGUGAGUGCAGAGCCCAGCGGGAGUUCUGUCUCUGUCUAGGUAGAGGGUGAGCAUCUGGGUCGGUGCCGAGUUGGGGGCUCUUCUCAUUGCCUCUGUGGAGCCCCUGCCCCGCCUGUGAUGCUUGGGCAGAGGAUGGGGGCUGUGCAGCCACAAUGUAGGGUGACGGAAGAAGGAGGGUAGGGAAGGCCAAGGGCUUGGGGCCAGGGCCAGGGUUUUGUCCUCUGUCCUAGAGACCUGGGAGUGUGGCUCUGGGGGCAGAACGUGGGAGCCCUCUUUCACUGGCGUUGCUGCAGGGACCUGAGGACCAGCUUGGCCCAGCAUUCUCCAGGGUAGAGUGGGAAAGCGUGGCAGGGAAGGGCCAGGGCCAAGGGGUCAGCUGACACUGGCUCCUGUGCAAGGAGGGCAGAGCUGUUGGGAGCUGGCUUGGUGACAGUUGGAGUGGGAAUGGGCUCCAGUGGGCAUUGGCCCCUGGGAGGGGCAGACCAUGGGGCCCACUGUCCCUCCUGAGGUGUCUGGCUUGUGUCCUUUCCCAGUUCCUUCCAGAGCACUGUCCUUGGCCAUGUCCCACCCUCCUGUGGGCAGGGCUGGUCAGUUCUGUCACCUGAGCCAGGUACCCCACUUUGCCACCGCUGCUGUACAUCCAUCUCUGCAUCUGGGGGAUCUUCCUGCCAGGGCCAGCCUCUGUCUCCCUCUUGGGGCCGCUGGCUCAGCUUUCGGUCUCCAUGUCAUCUUCCAAGGGGCUUCUUAGGUUGCCCAUAACAGGCUGCUGCUUGCCUCUGGUGGAGGCCAGUGGCCCUCCUCUCUGCCACCUCUUUCCUGAAGGUGGCUGGUUGGUUUCCUCCUUACUGCCAUUUCAUUGUUUUGUGCUUCUCUGGCCUUUCCUGCCUAGACUUGUGCUUCCUCUGAUCCUGACCAGCUUCAUCCCAAAACCCCACCUAGGCUCCUGUGGAGGGGCAGAGCCUACCUGGAGGAUGGGCAUGCUGUAGCCUAGUGGCUGUGUCCUGGCAUCACGAUGUGACCUAGAUAGGUUAAGAGGAGGCCUCACUGGAUUAGGAUCGUUCAGUCCUCUGAAGCUGCAGAGCCUUGGGAGAAGCUGCUCACCUGGCAGGCGAGGACCUAUGGAGAGGCAGAGAUGCUGAUGCCGCCAAGAAGCUCAAGGCUCCCUGUGAGCCACUGGACCCGGAGCUGCAGGGCCCAGCUGUUCCUCUGUACCUCCAAGGAGGGCUCUCUGACUCUGGCUUGUGGAAGCCCCUCAGUGUGGUGCUUUGUGGUGGCAGCCCUGGAAACACCCAGUCUUCUCCCCAGUUGGCAUCUUCCUGCUGUGCUGGGGUCUGGGCACUGACAGCCCCUGCUGGGCUUCCAGUGCUGGGAUCGAACCGGGCCGCGCACAUGCCCAGCAGGCAGGCUACCCCUGAGCUGCACGCCAGCCCUCCACUGAUGGCUCUUGCCUGAAACCUGUGUUGGUAUGUGUGUCAGAGGGCACAGCUCUGAAGAGCCUGGGGAGAUGGGCCGUUGUGUCUGCGAAGCAGAGACAUAACCCUGAGGUUCAGCACGACCCAGCUGUGGCCUGGGCCUCCCGAGGUCCGAUGUCUCAGAACGGCAGCACUCCGUGGUGGGCGGAGGGAGGGCGCUGACCAUGGUCACGCUCAUCACCGAGAAGCUGCAGAACCAGAGCCUGGAUGACCUUACCCACAAGGCCUGUGAAGCUGGCCCGUAUUCUGCUGAGAAACUGAACAAAAGUGGCCAUUUGUUCCCUUUGGAGGUCAGUGUGGACGAGAGCCCCUGGAAGGCUUUUCACACAGGACGACCUGCUGGGAGCCAGGCGGCCGCGGGGCCUGUGUGCCCCUUCCUGCCAGGCCCCUGUGGCGUGGCGCACACUGAGGGUCUUCAGUGGAGGCCGGAGUCUCCCUGCUCCUGCACAGGCCCGGGGGUGGGCAGUGCUCUGAACCUCUGUGAGAACACAGGGCCACCGGCGGCACCACCGACCAAGCGACACUGCCGAUCUCUAUCCGAGCCCGAGGAGCUAGCACGCUGCCGGUCCCCAUGGCGCCCUGGUGGCUCCAAGGUCUGGACGCCAGUCUCCAAGAGGCGGUGCAACAGCGGCGGGAGUGCCACGCUGCAGCAUUGCGGCACUGGGAGCUCUGCCCUGCAGCGGAGCCCGGGUGCAGGCCUGCCCAGGAGCCCCACAUCGCCUGCCGGCCCCGUCUCGCCUCUGGUGCCCCGGCCAGCUUCAGCCAGCAGCGGCUUCGUGGACAGCAGUGAAGGCAGCUCAGGCUCGGGCCUGCCCUGGCGUCCCACAGGGCCCUGCCCGCUCUCCUCAAGGCGCCGCCUGUCCCUCUCACAGGAGCACCUCGCAGAGGCGGGGACCCGCCUGCCUUCAGCCAGCAGCACCCCUACAUCCACACCCGAGCUGGGCCGGCGUCAUGGCCUGCUGCGGUGCCGCUCACAGCCAUGCGUGCUCAGCGGGAGGAGGAGCCGGCGCAAACGGAGGCGUGAGGAGGAUGCCAGGUGGACGCGCCCGUCCUUAGACUUACUAAAAAUGACACGGACUUUAAAAAAUUCCAAGAGCCUUUGCUCCCUGGACUGCGAGGACGACAACGAGGACGAGGCCCAGGCGAAGACAGUCGAGUCCUCCCCGUGUGGCUCGCAGGCCCCAGUGGGCACCAGCACGCCAGGCUCCAGCCCCAGGGUUCCCGGGCCCUGCCCCACCAGCUCCUGGGCCUCCAGGGAGCCAGUGGCCAGCACAGGCGAGGGAGGGAGCAGUGGGGACCCCAGUGACUGGGACAGUGCUGGGGAGGAGGGCAUUUUCCCCUUGGACCGUGGCGACCUGGACUUGGAACAGAUUGAGAACAACUGAAUCUGGGCAGGCAGGGCCCGUGCGCCAGGUGAUGGCCGAAAUAGGUUUGUGCUCUUUUGAACAUGAGGUGUGAUUUUGAUUCAAUUUUUCCUAAAGAAGUAUUUUGCAUUUUUAUGGCUUUUACAAUUCGGGGAGAGCUCUCUAUUUUGAAAUGAGUUUUCAGAAGGGCAGUCUAUUAAAUGCGCGUCUGCCUGUGGAUCCCAGUGUGGGCAACCGGCCUUUCAUAAGGAGCCCAGCGUGGGAAGCGUGGCAUGAGGUUUGCUUGCUGGAGACCCUGGGGCUGGUGGUCUGUGUCCUUCUGGGGCAGAGCUCCUGGGGCAUGGGCCUGUGCGCAGGUGCCCUGUGCCCGGGCGUGCCACUGGGUGCUGGCUGGCCUCUAGCCUGGACCGCCAGGUAGCUGCACUGCGGGGCUCCCUGUGGCCCAGAGGCCUCUGCGCUCAGGCUCUCCAGGGCCACGGGAAGGCGGUCCUGGUGGCACAUUUGCACCCAGCUGUGAAUUCAAUAAAAGGCGUUUGCUCUGUAA